GCGCUGUCAUGGCUUCACGCACAGCGGCAUAGUCAUCCUCGAGAUCAUCCCGAGUGCGACCCACCUUGAUACGUAUUUCUUCCGUUCCUAUUGUACUUUUCUGCCUUAUUCAGCGUUAGAAGUCGAUCAUGGCAGUUCGUGUGAUUCGAGACGAAACCCACUUCCAAGGCGAGCUUACAGCAGCUGGCAAUAAACUGGUCGUAGCCGACUUCACAGCAAGCUGGUGUGGUCCGUGCCAGCGGAUAGCCCCUGCCUUCAGCGACAUGUCAGUGCGGUACAAUAAGGCAGUCUUUUUGAAGAUAGAUGUGGAUAAUUGCAGUGAGACAGCAGCUGCCCAAGGUGUCACAGCCAUGCCAACCUUCAUUUUCUACCGUAAUAAGGUCAAAGUGGACAGACUCCAGGGUGCAGACCCAACAGCACUUGAAAACAAGAUAAAGCAGUACUAUGAUGCUGGAGAUAGUGCAGAGGAACCUUCAGCUCCAGGAAUG